AAUCUCGACAAAAGGAAAGAGAGUAAAAAAUUUGGGAGCUGAGAGGCUCAGAAAUGGAAGGGCCAAUGAGCUGCUCAUCCUAAUUUUACUCGAAACCUGUUUAGAUUGAUUGCUUCAUAAAAACCCUAGCCCAACCACAAUGAGAGUUUGUGUUAUACCAGUACUAGGCAACUAAUGUUAAUGUCGUUCCUUUCCUCCCUUCUAUAACUAAAACAAUAACACCUCAAAUUUCUCAACCCCCAAAAUUGUUGCACGGUGUGCAGUAUUCAUUCUCAUAGAUAGCAUUUGAGUAUUGAGGAACUCAUUUCUUCAUAUCCCCAUCCGCAAUGCAUCGCAACGAUGGCGUUUGUUUCACCUCCUCUUCUUUCAAAAUCCCUGUCCCUUCUCCCUCCCAAACCCUAGCCUCUCCCCUCUCCAGAGCUCGUCACUCCCUUUUCCAACUCCUUCACUCCCUCAGGAAUCGCUCCCUCCCUCCUACCACAUCCACUCACUCUCCCCUACUAUGCUGUGCGUCUCUCUCUCUAACAGCCCAGACCUACGACCUUGUUAAUGCGCCUCUGCUAUGUUCCGCUUCCUUGUCCCUGUCUCAACCCAAUCCUCCCGACUCCACUCAGUCUGGUUCGGAGGUGCCUCAGAAGGGACAGUCCACUACUGCUGGUCGUUACGACGAGGAGAGGGUUUUGAUAAGCGAGGUUCUUGUCAGGAACAAAGAUGGAGAGGAGUUGGAGCGGAAAGACCUCGAAAUGGAAGCCCUUACCGCGUUGAAAGCUUGCCGAGCCAACUCUGCUUUGACGGUGCGGGAGGUUCAGGAAGAUGUCCACCGGAUCAUCGAUAGCGGUUACUUCUCUUCCUGUAUGCCUGUGGCCGUUGACACGCGGGAUGGUAUCAGAUUGGUGUUUCAAGUAGAACCAAAUCAGGAGUUCCACGGAUUGGUCUGUGAAGGAGCCAAUGUUCUUCCAUCAAAGUUUCUUGAGGAUGCUUUUCGUGAAGGACAUGGAAAAGUGGUAAAUCUCAAGCGUUUGGAUGAAGUAAUUAAUUCCAUCAAUGGAUGGUAUAUGGAACGUGGUCUUUUUGGCUUGGUUUCUGGAGUUGAUAUUUUUUCUGGAGGUAUUAUAAGGUUACAAGUUGCAGAAGCUGAGGUCAACAAUAUAUCCAUACGCUUCCUUGAUCGAAAGACUGGUGAACCAACUAAAGGGAAGACAAAGCCUGAAACAAUACUUAGGCAACUCACUACCAAGAAGGGACAGGUGUAUAGUAUGCUUCAAGGAAAAAGAGAUGUGGAUACAGUGUCAACUAUGGGUCUUAUGGCAGAUGUCAGUAUCAUACCUCAACCGGCUGGAGAUGCUGGUAAAGUUGAUUUGGUAAUGAAUGUUGUUGAACGUCCAAGUGGUGGUUUUUCUGCUGGUGGUGGAAUAUCAAGCGGGAUUACAAGUGGCCCUUUAUCAGGACUUAUUGGAAGCUUUGCAUAUUCUCAUAGAAAUUUGUUUGGAAGAAACCAAAAGCUUAAUAUUUCCUUAGAGAGGGGCCAAAUCGACUCUAUAUUCCGAAUUAACUAUACAGACCCAUGGAUUGAAGGAGAUGAUAAGAGGACAUCUAGAACAAUAAUUAUCCAGAAUUCAAGAACCCCAGGGACACUUGUGCAUGGUAACCAACAUGACAAUAGCAGUCUGAGCAUUGGCCGUGUAACAGCUGGUAUAGAGUUUAGUCGACCACUGAGGCCAAAAUGGAGUGGGACAGCGGGUCUUAUUUUUCAGCAUGCUGGUGCUCGUGAUGAAAAAGGAAAUCCAAUUAUCAAGGACUUCUAUGGCAGCCCACUUACAGCAAGUGGUAAGCCUUACGACGAUAUGUUAGUGGCUAAAUUUGAAUGUGUCUAUACUGGUUCUGGUGAUCAAGGUUCCUCCAUGUUUGCAUUUAACAUGGAACAAGGGCUUCCUGUCAUGCCUGAGUGGCUGUUCUUCAACAGAGUGAAUGCUCGGGCAAGAAAAGGUGUUGAAAUUGGUCCUACUCGCCUUCUUUUAAGUUUGUCUGGUGGGAAAGUGGUGGGAAGUUUUUCUCCUCACGAAGCGUUUGCUAUUGGUGGAACAAACAGUGUGAGAGGUUAUGAAGAAGGUGCUGUGGGCUCCGGACGAUCUUAUGUAGUUGGAUCUAGUGAAGUUUCUUUCCCAAUGCUGGGGCCUGUGGAAGGUGUUAUUUUUGCUGAUUAUGGACAUGAUCUAUGGUCGGGCCCCAGUGUGCCUGGUGAUCCUGCAGGGGCAAGAUAUAAGCCUGGAAGUGGAUAUGGAUAUGGUUUUGGCAUCCGAGUGGACUCACCUUUAGGGCCUUUGCGACUCGAAUAUGCUUUUAACGACAGGCAGGCAAAGAGGUUUCACUUUGGGGUUGGCCAUCGGAACUAAGAGAGGUUUGACACACAAAGGGUUUUCUCAAUUGAAAGUCGUGAACCUUUCUGCUUCGAAGUGUUUAUUUUUUUAUGUUACUUGCCUUUCACAAGUUCACAAUUUUGAUGAUAAUUGUCAAUAUAUUUAUAGAUAUAUAUUAUGGAGAAAGAACAUGGGUCAUGAAUAUCAUGAUAGAUUGCAUUUAUGCAUGAUCUACAAGUAUAUGGAGCUCAGGAUUCGAUAUCUGGUCA